CCCACCCCACUCCUGGGAAAGACCUGUCCGAUCUGGCUGUGCCUUGCUGCUGAGGUGUCUACGCCUUGCUGGAGCUGAUAUCUGAUGAUGUGAAGGAGUAAAACCAGACUUCAUGAGCUGUUCUAUCACCCCCACCCCCCAUCCCCGGUGAAUUUUCAGCACAUCUUGGUACAUGGAGUGCACUCAUCAGGAUGCUGGAGUGUGGACAAGUAUUCUGGAAUGUUCUCUCAUCUGAUGACCUAGAAAAGUGAGCACUGGGAAGCUUGGGACUUGCUUCCAGCUGCGCCUCUUCGAAGUUCUGUUCUGAGACUAAAAGUCUGAUGCACCAAGGCAGAGCAGAAGCCAUGUCGUGAGAAUCCCAUUCUCGCCCACUUGCCCUCCACCCCCCGUGGUGAACUCCUUGUUGAAAAGUUCAUACUCCCCCUCUCAAACCUCACCCCCGUCUCUGCCCUCCACCCGGGAAUAUCUAGAAGAAGCAGGUUCCCACCAGAGCCUACAGCCAGGAGCCGAACUCAGCUGGAGGAAGGAAGCCCCGCCCCCAGCUGUGGACUGAGGUUUCCUGGCAACCGCCUAACAAAGUCCCCUUGGGACUCUGCUCUCUUAGCGCCUGCGCCUAGCUCCCCUGAUUCGAGUGGCUGUAACUGUGCAGCCUGUGCAGGAGCCAACAAGUGUGCCUACUCACAGGACCAUUCUACUGCUGUGCAACAUGUCCCUGCAGGCCUGGGAUUGGGAGGAAGAGGAAAGAGCGAGCACGGACCCCCACUCCGUGGCCAGUGCUUACCAUUCAGCGAGCGAAAGUGAGAUGGAGGAGUACCUGAAGUCCAGGACCCCAGCCCAUGAGUGGGACUCUGAGGACCAGCUCAGCAGCAGCCUGCAUUCCUCAGAAGGGCCUCCCUACAUCUCUAACUCUGAUGUGCCCCAGAUUGUCCCCUGCAGAUUUGUGAUCUCACUGGCCUUCCCCAUACUGAUAAAUAAUAAGGGAAAAUCCCCAAAUGUACCUGAUAAAAAGAAGUCUGCUAAAUCAGAAUCCCGGACUGGAAAGGCUCGACAAUUCUACCACAUUGAGUAUUUUUUCCUGCCCGAUGACAUAGAACCCAAAAUAGUUGAUAUCGUGGUGUUUCCUAACAUAGCCAAAGUGUUUCUGGAGUCAGGAAUAAAGACUGUAAAGCCAUGGAAAGAUGAUGACAAAGUCUGGGUGUCAUGGAGCCAGACUUUUCAUGUCAACAUGACAAAGGAAUUGUUAAAGAAAAUGAAUUUCCACAAAAUCACGUUGAGGCUCUGGGACACCAAGGACAGAGUCUCAAAAAGAGUCAGGUACCACCGGGUGAAGACUUCGGCAUAUUCGGAAGACACGGAGUCUUUUGAGGAAGUGAAACAUUUGGUUUUGAAUCAGAAAAGGUUGUCUAUAAUUACCAAUGGUAAAAACAACACUGUCUCCGAAGAAUUGAAAGAGGAGAAUCCACCAGGUGACCAAGAAAAGGCAGAAAAAUACUCAAAGUCUCCACAAGAGCCCGAAACCCUUUCUAAGAACGCCGAGGAGUGUGAGAAGUUACUGAAGAUGGAGGAAUCUCCUUCAUUAAGACGAACCACUGCAAAGACACCCAUUUCUCUGGCUGGAGCAACCAUAAUGGAGAUCAAGGAACUAAUCGAGAAACCAUCACUGAGCAGUUUAACAAACAUGCUAGAGAAACAAAAGUCUCAAUUUAAAGGGAAAGAUACAGAAGUGAAGAAGAAAAGCUCCAAGAAAGUGAAGAAGUACCAGACAGAAGAGGAAGGGGACCAGAAGCAGGAACCUGCCACCUGGAAGCAGAGCGUCUUCUCCAUCCAGCUUCCCAUCAUGCCACUCCUUGCUGGCUGGCAAACGGUCAUCUGCCGUGGCAGUGAGAAGUCGGCCAACAUUUUAGAUUGCCUUUUGACUUUAAAAACAGAAGUUCCUAUCAUGACUGAACAGCAAAAACAAGACCUGAACCCCAUGACCAUAAAGAUCAGGUGUGCCUCUUGCCUUCCGAUCCAGCCUGUAUCCAUUCAUGAUCUGGAGAGGCUGUGCAGCCCGGUGUACUGCAGAUACCAGUUCCACAAGACUCCAGUUCACGAGACCAAGAGAGAGCCCCAUGGGACUCAUGUAUUUUUUCAUGAUAUCAAUGUCAUCUUCCUUGGGGCCAUGCACCCCAGUGACGUGAGGGAAUACCUGGAGGGUCCCCCCAUGGUAGUUGAAGUCCAUGACAGGGACCGGAAGUCAGAGGAGUAUUCCCGGAAGCCUGCCCUGUUUGGAGAGGACCUUAUAGAUUCAUACUUCAAUGUCCAGGCCUUCGUCUCUCACAGAGACACAGAGACAAACCCCUUUGAGUCGCAGAACAAGACUUGGGAUCCUUAUGGCAUUGCCCGGGUCAGCUUUGCUGACCUCCUCCUUGGUUAUAAGUAUUUGAACCUGAUUGUUCCCAUCCACAACUGUGAGCCAAAGUCUCCCAACUGGAGCCAGGAUAGCAGGAACAGAAGGACUAUGGGAUUCCAGGCUUCUAUAGAUGCCCUCCAGCACAGCUCCAUUCCCAUAGGCAACUACCUGGAGGCCAACUCUUUACUCAAGCUGCGAGUGGACAUUGCAGUGCCCCUGGGUGGUUGGUCCAGAGUUCCCGAGUUCAACCUAAUGAGUACCCAUUUUGGCCGCAUCAUUUUUGUGUUCAAUGCCAAGAAGCUGUCCCUCCUACAGAGCCUGCUGCGGGACAUCACCACGAUCAAUGCUAAAGCCCUGGACCUGGACAGUUAUCCCCUGCAGAACAUCCAGCAAAUCCUGUCGGCCUUCAAGGUGCGUGUGAAGAUCCAAGAGCAGCAGAACCUGGAUGUGCUCACGGGCUUCCAUCUGCUGGAUGGAAAGAUCCAUCUUUUCAUCCUAGAAGGCUUGGCAGACCAUGGCUUGAGGCGGCUGUGGGAGAGUUAUCAGAACAGUGUAACUGCUUCCAACCGUGCAGCAUGCAAGGUGCUCUAUGACUCCAAGCUGCUCUUCCGCCACCGCCUGUACGCUGACCUUGAGACCAUUCUGUACCAUGUACACUUGUUCAGGCCUGUGUCGGUGCUCCUGCGGUACCCUGCACUCUAUGUUCGUGGGGCUGUGUCACACAUGGCUUUUCAGGCACUGUCCAGGAUCCAUGGCAUCUGCCACAAUAGUACCAGGCUCAAGGAGGUGGUUAUGAGAGAUCUGCUUCCUUCCUCUUCCAUGAUUAAAGACCUGAGCCAAGAGUUUGGGAUACCCAUUUCUCAGGAAGAUCUCACUGAUGGAAAGCUGUUGGCCACAUUGCCCCAGCCUGAUACCAAUGAUGAGGACAUCCAAAGUCGGACUUCUAAUCUCCCACAGGAGAUACAAGUCCACCAGGAGAAGUACCUACAAUGGCGGAACAACAUGUUGCUGAAGAAGAACCAAGUCCACAGGGAUAGCCUUGUACAGAAAAAUAUCACAGAAGCCUACCAGUUCACCAAGAAGUUUCAAAAUCCAAUGAGGAAGGUGAUUAGAAUUGCCAUUCCUGAGAACAAAACUGUCCACAACUACAGCACCCAGACCAUGAAUUCCACGGAGCUUGCUAAGAAGCAGAUGUUUAAAGAGAUGGCCAAGGAGCCAAGGAAGAGAUUCACAUAUUCACAGAAUUACCUCUCAGCUAUGGUGGAUUUUCGGGAUCCAAAGGAAGAGGAGAAGAAAGCCCAGAAGAAGUCCCGCCAGGCCUGGCUCACAGCCGGUGGGUUCCAAGUGUGGGGUCUUCAGAGCACCAUUGGAAGCAGCCAGCAGCAUCUUAGACUGCCACCCAUCAGAGAGCUAAAUGAGGAGUGGCAGGAAAACGCAUUGUUCGCUAAUGUGUUGAAGCCUGUGCUGGAUCGGGAUAGGUGGAGCUGGAGGGAGCGCCACCUGGAUUUUGACCUGUACAAGAAGCCACCACCUUACUUUCAGUUGCCCCCUCUUGCAGCUCCUAAGCAUGCGUCUGGUAGGAGGCAAAAGGCAAUCAUCCCGUCUUCUGAACGACGCCGGCGCAGUCGAGUCGCAUCAAAGCCAACUAGUUCCCAAGAAAGUUUCUCUAUGCAACCCCAAGAGUUAUUCUCUCUUAGUGACCAUCAUCUGGUACUAAAGACUCUGUCUCACCUAGCCUCUGCAUCUCAUGAAUCUUCAGUGGGACUGUACCACCCAAGUCCCAUCUUCCACAGCCACUGGUUUCAUUAAAGUGUAGUAUAACAAAGGGGCUUAGCUCAGUAUCCAUAACCCUGUUACAAAUGCAUGCUGGUUCCAAGAGCAAG